GAGCAAAACCCCAAAAUUUUGAAGGUUUAGCCUUCUCUUUAAGCCGCCCUGCCCCUUUGCUAUUUCCCUCUUUUCAGCGCCACAGUCCGUUCAGCAGCUCUACCUUCUCCGUCGCCGGAAGGUCCAGUUUUCCACCGUCCGUUCAGCAGCUCUACCUUCUACGUCGCCGGAAGCUCCAGUUUUUACUCGAAGUUCCGUUUCAGCAAUGGGCACAGCUAAUAUAAGGGAUAUUUUGACUUGUUUUAGUCCUUCGCUGGACUUCUUUGCUAUAAGUUCUGGUGAUGGCCGUAUCAAGAUAUGGGAUACUGUGAAGGGUCAGGUACAGACCGAGUUUGCAGAUAUUGUGUCAAUGGAGACAGAAAGCUUGUUUAAUAAGCCAGGAGGUCAUCUUUCAAUGGAUUAUACUUGCAUGAAGUGGUUAUCAUGUGACAGAAAGAAAAAAAGGAAGAUUGGAACUUCAUUGUUGGUGUUAGGUACAGGAAGUGGUGAUGUUUUGGCUCUAGAUGUAUCUGCAGGUCAUCUGAAAUGGAGAUUUAGUGAUUGCCAUCCUGGCGGUGUUAACGCCAUCUCAUUCCCUUCACAUGGUUCAUUCAUUUACACGGCUGGUGCUGAUGGACUAGUUUGCAAAAUUGACUCCAUGUCCGGGAAUUUACUGCAUAAGUUUAAAGCUUCCACUAAAGCAAUAUCAUCUUUAUCCAUUUCAUCAGAUGGGAAAAUAUUAGCAACAGCAACUUCUCAGUUGAAGGUUUUCAAUUGCUUGGAUGACAAAAAGCUCCAGAAAUUUACAGGCCACCCUGGGGCUGUCCGGUGUGUGGUUUUCUCUGAAGAUGGGAGACAUGUUCUUUCUUCUGCUGUUGGUGACCGACAUGUAGCAGUUUGGAAGUUAGAUGGUAGCAAAAAGAAAUCAGCAUGCUGCUCGCUGGCAAUGGAUCACCCUGCUGUCUUCUUGGAUAGCUACAACAUUAAAUCUGGAGCUGAAAAUGAUGCAGGCUUGGGUGUUUUGGCCAUUUCAGAAAUUGGUGUUUGCUACUUUUGGCAUGGAAAGAGCUUUGAGGAAUUGCACAAUAGGAAGCCCACAAAGAUAUGUGCAUCUUUAGAUGAGAAAAUAAUGAAGAAACAUAAAGAAACCAUGCAUAGUAUUUUUUCAGCAAAAUUGCAAUCUAUUGGCACAUCUGGUUCUGGCCAUAUGUUUGUUGCAUAUGGCUUGCUUAUAAAACCAUCAUUUGAAAAAGUUAUGGUGCAGCCUGGGGAGGAUAUCAGAUUAAAAAGUUCACUUGACGGGAUCCUUCUACCCUUCAGUCAAUCUCGCAAAUCUAAACAAGCAUCCAACACCCAGAGUCAGGUUACUGCUCUGGAUCGUGCAAAUGCAGAGGGUGCGUUACUUCCUUUGCCCAUGAUUCUUGAUCAGGUUGGCGUGGAGACUGGAAUUAAGCCCACAGUUAGCAAAGAUGUCAUUGGUAAACAAGCAGAAGAUGAGGUCACAAUUUGCAUGGAGGACCAGUUAAGAUCCUUGGGUAUAAUUAGCAGCGACAAUGAUCUCUUGCCUCCCUCAAUUCUUGAUGCUAAGAUUUUGAAAAGAAUAAGUGCUGAUGCUAGUGUGCCACAAAAGAAGAUGAAAGCAGCUGUUUUAUCCAUGGAACCACAUGAUGCUUACAAUUUUUUGAAAGCCUUGGUGGCUGCAUGGCAGUCCAGAUCAAGCUUGGGAACACAUGUUCUUCCAUGGAUAUGCUGUAUAUUGGUGAACCACAAUGAAUUUGUUACAUCGCAGGAACCACUGACGCCUCUUCUAGAUUCCAUGAACAAGCUUACCAAGUCAAAGGGGGUAGCCCUUAACUCAUUAUUGCAGUUAUCUGGCCGUUUGCAACUCGUAAUGGCACAGAUUGAGAAGGCUGAUAAUAAGAAAAGUCCGACAUUAACACUCGAGGGGCAGAUGAAUGAUAGUGAGGAUGAUGAGGUAGAUGAAGUUAUGUAUGGCAUAGAUGAAUCUCAAACGAGCAGUGACGGGGAUGACUAGGACUUUUCGGUGAGUGACGUUUCAUAAAGCUGAAAGUUGAUUGGCAGGUGCUUUUAACAAGGGAAUCUAUAUGGUCAAUUUUGGUAGGAGCUGGGCCUUGGGGCCUUAAAUGGCAAGUGCAAGGAGAUAUAAUUUAGGUUGCUCUAUCUAGUUUGGCAUGGGUAUAUGGAUAAAACCUAUGUUCUCUCUUUCCCAGACCCCUUUCUGAUUGUAUGCAUUAAGUUGAUAAUCUGUUGUGUGAGGUUCUUCCUAGGUUUGUGCCAUUUAUU